CUGCUGGAACUAUCACUGCUGUCUAAUGAUAUUGGAAAAGCACUACAUUGCAGAGCAUCGCCUUCAGUUUUUAAAGAUAUGAGCCUGCUCAUACGUAACCUGCAGAGAGCCAUCCCUAUCAGGAGAGUGCCACUUCGCAAGAAUAUAGAACAACUCCGUCGCAUUUUGGGUGUGCAGCAGUUUGAUCUUGGUGUUAUCUGUGUUAAUAAUAGGCACAUACAGCUGCUCAACAGAAACUACAGAUGGAAGAAUAGCCCCACUGAUGUGUUAUCUUUUCCUUUUCAUGAGAAUCUGACAGCAGGGGAGCUGCCUCAGCCUUGUGCUCGAGGUGACUACAAUUUGGGAGACAUUUUUCUUGGAGUAGAACAUAUCUAUCAAGAGUGUGAGGAGAAUAAGGAAGAUUUCUACAGUAUUCUUACAGUAACGAUUGCUCAUGGAAUGUGCCACUUACUUGGCUAUAAACACAGCACAGAAGCAGAGUGGCAGCAGAUGUAUGAAAAGGAAGCACAAAUUCUUCUGGAGCUAAACAGAUUGUCAGACACAAAUUUGCAACCACUGACCAAACACCACUUCUAGUAGCCAUAUUUGUAUGUUGGCUCAGAAAUAAAAGAAAUUAAAGUUCA